AUGAAGUGGCCAAAGCUGCAACCGGAAGAGACCGUGUUCGAGUAUGUCGUUUCGCGCGAGGGCACCUGGCAGCACUGGAACGAACGUGUCGAGGAUUAUCUCUACCCGAGCGAUAGCGUGCCCGAGUUUUCCAGCAUCCUGGUGCCGAACGUGGAUAACGUGCGUUCGUCCUUCCUGAUCGAUGUGAUCGCUCGGCAGCGCAAGGCCGUCCUGCUCAUCGGUGAGCAGGGUACGGGCAAAACCGUCAUGAUCAAGGGUUACAUGCUGCAGUACGAUCCGGAGUACCACCUAUCGAAGAGCCUCAACUUUUCGUCCGCCACCACACCCAACAUGUUCCAGCGUAUCGUCGAGUCGUACGUGGAGAAGCGAGUUGGCACAACGUACGGGCCACCGCAGCAACGCCGGAUGUCCGUCUUCAUCGACGACAUCAACAUGCCGAUCGUGAACGAGUGGGGUGACCAGGUGACGAACGAGAUCGUACGGCAGCUGAUGGAAAAUCGCGGUUUCUAUUCGCUGGAUAAACCGGGCGACUUUCUGACCGUACUGGAUGUGCAGAUACUGGCGGCCAUGAUACACCCGGGUGGUGGGCGGAACGAUAUACCACCGCGGUUGAAGCGUCAGUUCUGCAUCUUCAAUUGCGCUAUUCCGAGUAACCGGUCGAUGGAUAAGAUUUUCGGUGUGCUGGGGUGUGGAUAUUUCUGCGAGGAACGCUUCCAGCCACCGGUGGUCGGUAUCGUGCCCGUGCUGGUGCCGCUGACGCGCAGAUUGUGGCAAGCGACGAAGCUGAAAAUGUUGCCAACACCGGCCAAGUUCCACUACGUGUUUAACCUGCGCGAUCUGUCACGCAUCUGGGAGGGUAUGCUGAAGGUACAGUCGGACCAGUGCCAAACCGUGCAGACGAUGGUUAAUCUAUGGAAGCACGAGUGUACGCGUGUGAUUGCGGAUCGCUUUACCAGCUUCGAGGAUCGUACUUGGUUCCUUCAAACAUUGCGAACGACAGCCGAGCAGGAACUGGGUGCAGACGCUGUGCAAUACCUCUCAGAAGAGCAGCACGGUGAACCAUUCUUUGUCAACUUCCUCCGAGACGCACCGGAACCAACCGGAGAAGAGGGCGAUGAUGAGAGCAGCCUCGAGCCACCGAAGCUGUACGAGCAGAUCGUGAGCUUUGACGAGACGACACAACGCGUCCGGAUGUUCCUCGAGCAGUACAACGAACAGGUGCGCGGGGCAACGAUGGAUAUGGUGUUUUUCCGCGAUGCACUCAUCCAUCUGAUGAUCAUUUCGCGCAUCAUCGGCACACCGAGGGGUAACGCACUGUUGGUCGGUGUCGGUGGAUCGGGUAAGCAGAGCCUUGCUCGGCUCGCUUCCUUCAUUGCCGGCUACAAGUGCUACCAGAUCACGCUGACACGGGCCUACAACGUCACCAACCUGCUCGAGGACCUCAAGUACCUGUACCGUGAGGCGGGCCAGGCCGGCCAAGGGAUGACGUUCCUCUUCACUGACAACGACAUCAAAGAUGAGGGCUUCCUGGAGUACAUCAACAAUGUGCUGAGCUCGGGCGAAAUUGCUAACCUUUUCCCGAAGGACGAACUGGAUCAGAUCAUGAACGAUUUGAUUCCGGUGAUGAAACGUGUCGAUCCACGGCGCAUUCCCACACAGGACAAUCUGUAUGCCUUCUUCAUCGAGCGUGCGCGAGCUAACCUGCACAUCGUGCUCUGCUUCUCGCCGGUUGGGGAAAAGUUCCGCACGCGAGCACUCAAGUUCCCGGGGCUCAUCUCGGGCUGUACGAUCGAUUGGUUCCAGCGCUGGCCAACCGAUGCCCUGGUGGCCGUUUCUAAUCACUUCCUGCGCGACUACAGCGUCGUCUGUACGGACGAGCUGAAGGUGCGCCUCAUCGAAAUCAUGGCGUACGUGCACAACCGAGUGGCCGAAGUGUGCGUCGAGUACUUUGAGCGCUUCCGACGACAGGCGCACGUAACGCCCAAAUCUUUCCUGUCCUUCCUCGAUGGUUACAAGCGGAUUUACCGGGAAAAGCACGAACACAUUGCGGUACUGGCGGGCAGAAUGCAAACCGGCCUGGUGAAACUCAUCGAGGCCGCUGAAUCAGUCGAUGUACUACGACUGGAACUCGAGGAAAAGGAAAAGGACAUCGUGGUGGCGACACAAGCAGCCGAGGUUGUACUCUCCUCUGUUACCGAAUCCCAACGCGCUGCCGAACAGGUGAAAGCCGACGUACUGAUCGUGAAGAACAGGGCGGACGCACUGGUCUCCCAAAUCCAGGCCGAUACGCUCGUGGCCGAGGACAAACUGGAAGCCGCACGGCCAGCACUCGAACAAGCCGAGGCAGCACUGAAAACGGUCACAGCAGCGGACAUCGCAACGGUCCGGAAGCUCGGUAAACCCCCGUACCUCAUCACGCUCAUCAUGGACGUAGUGUUGCUGCUGUUCCGGCGACGACUGGCCACCGUAAAACCGGACGAAGAACGCCAGUUCAUGUUUGCCUCCUGGGAGCAAUCACUCAAAGUGAUGGCCGACACGGGCUUCCUUGGCAAGAUCGUACGCUAUCAGGCCGAUCUGAUCAACGCCGAAACGGUCGACCUGAUGGUACCGUACUUCCGCUACCAUCUGUACACGUUCGAGGCAGCCAAAGCCGCUUGUGGCAAUGUGGCCGGUCUCCUGAAGUGGACACUCGCGAUGGCUGACUUUUACGAGGUGAACAAGGAUGUACUACCACUGAAGGCGAACCUGGCCCGCCAGCAAAAGAAGCUCGAUAUCGCGAUGGAAGAGAAAGGUGCGGCCGAAGCGGCCCUACUGGCCAAAGAGCGCGAGCUAGCCAUCGUGCAGCGCCAGUUCGAUGAAGCGAUGUCGAAGAAACAGGCCGUCCUGGACGAUGCGAAGCUGUGCCAGGACAAGAUGGAUGCCGCCUCGGCCCUCAUCAACGGGUUAGCCGAUGAGCGAGUCCGUUGGACGGAGCAACUGGAGCAGUUUAAAGACGAAACCGAACGGCUGGUCGGUGAUGUGCUCAUCCUGACUGGGUUCCUUUCCUACACUGGCCCCUUUAACCAGGAAUACCGGACGGGACUGCAGUCGAGCUGGGCGACCGAACUGAACCGACGCCGCAUUCCGGUGUCCCGUGCGGUCGACAUUACCGAGAGCCUCACCGACAGUGCGACCAUCGGUGAGUGGAACCUGCAGGGCCUCCCGAACGAUGAACUGUCGGUGCAGAACGGUAUCAUCGUGACGAAGGCGACACGCUAUCCGCUACUGAUCGAUCCACAGUCCCAGGGCAAAAUGUGGAUCAAGAGCAAGGAAGGCGACCAGGGGCUGAUCGUGAGCACGCUCAAUCACAAGUACUUCCGGAACCACCUGGAGGAGUGCAUCUCGCUGGGUUAUCCGCUGCUGAUCGAGGACAUCGGCGAAGAGCUCGAUCCCGUGCUCGAUAACGUGCUGGAGAAGAAUUUCAUCAAGAUGGGCAACACGUACAAGGUGCGCGUCGGUGACAAGGAGGUGGACGUGAAUCCCUCGUUCCGGAUGUACCUCACCACGAAGCUACCGAACCCACUGUACACGCCCGAGGUCUCUGCCCGGACCGCCAUCAUUGACUUUACGGUGACGAUGCGUGGGCUCGAGGAUCAGCUGCUCGGUCGCGUUAUACUGACGGAGAAGCGCGAGCUAGAGUCCGAACGGACGCAGCUAAUCAAGGGUGUGACGGCGAACCGGCGCAAAAUGCAGGAACUGGAGGCGAAUUUACUGCACAAACUGUCCACCACCCAGGGCAGCCUGGUGGACGAUGUGACGGUGAUCGGCGUGCUCAACACCAGCAAAACGACCUCGAUCGAAGUGCGCGAAAAGUUGGCGAUUGCGCGCGAAACAGAAAUCAAAAUCAACCGAGCACGGGAAGAGUUCCGACCGGUGGCAGGCCGUGGUAGCGUCCUGUAUUUUCUUAUCUGCAGCAUGACCAUGGUGGACAGCAUGUACCAGACGUCGCUGGUGCAGUUCCUGGAGCGUUUCGACAUCUCGAUGGCACGCUCCGAUCGCCAUCCCGUGCCAACGCGCCGUAUCAGCAACAUCAUCGAGUACCUGACGUACGACAUCUUCCGGUACGUGUGCCGUGGUCUGUACGAGGUGCACAAGUUCCUGUUCGUGUUGCUGAUGGCACUGAACAUCGAUCUGGAUCGUGGUGCGAUCACGCACGAAGAAUUCCAAACGUUCGUCAAGGGUGGUGCCGCGCUGGACAUCAACAUGUGCCCGGAAAAACCGUUCAAGUGGAUCGCCGAUGUAACGUGGCUGAAUCUGGUGCAGCUAUCACAGCUGGCCGGCUUCUCAAGUCUGUUGGAACAGAUUCGAGGGAACGAGAAAGGAUGGAAGGCUUGGUUCGCCAAGGAAUCACCGGAGGAGGAACCGAUCCCACUGGUGACGGCUGCCCUGGGUGGCCGCACUGGCCUCGAUGCAUUCCGGCGGUUACUGCUCAUACGGGCCUGGUGUCCCGAUCGGACACUCUUCCAGAGCCGGAAAUACCUGGCCAGUUCACUCGGAGGCCGGUUUGCUGAUCCCGUCGUCAUCGAUUACGAUGCGAUGCUCGAAGAGAGCCGCCCACUGACGCCCCUCAUAUGCUUCCUGUCGAUGGGUUCCGAUCCGACACCCAACAUCGAGGCACUGGCCAAGAAGAACGCCAUCCGCUGCCGAGCGAUUUCGAUGGGUCAGGGCCAGGAGGUGCACGCCCGGAAGCUGGUCGAGAUGUCACUGGACGAGGGUUCGUGGGUGCUGCUGCAAAAUUGUCACCUUGGGCUGGACUACAUGAACGAGCUGCUGCUGCAACUGAUCGAGCUGGAGCGCACCGGUCCGACGGGUUACCACGCCAACUUCCGUGUCUGGAUGACGACGGAACCGCAUCCCCUGUUUCCGAUUACGUUGCUGCAGCUUUCGAUCAAGUUUACGAACGAACCACCGUCGGGUGUGAAGGCUGGUCUGAAGCGUACCUACGCCUCGAUGUCGCAGGAGAUGUUCGAGUACAGCGAUUCACCGCUCUACGUGCCGCUCAUCUUUGGCAUCUCGUUCCUGCACACGGUCGUACAGGAGCGUCGUAAGUUCGGACCGCUUGGUUGGAACAUCCCGUACGAGUUCAACUCGGCGGACUGGCUGGCAAGCUGUAUGUUCGUGCAGAACCAUCUGGAGACGCUUGAUCCACGCCGGGGUAUUAGCUGGAAAACGAUGCGGUACAUGCUGGGGGAGGUACAGUACGGGGGUCGCGUAACGGACGAUUACGAUAAGCGGCUGCUGAACACGUUCGCCCGCGUUUGGUUCUCCGAUGCGCUGUUCGACGAGGCGUUCCGGUUUUACCGUGAGUACCGGGUGAUGCGGUUCAAGACGCUCGAGCAGUACCUGGAGGCGAUCGAGGAGAUGCCGCUCGUUGAUCCACCGCAGGUGUACGGGCUGCACGCGAACGCCGACAUCACGUACCAGAGCAACACCACGAAGGUGAUCCUCGAUACGAUCCUCUCGAUACAACCGAAAGAAUCCUCGGGUGGUGGAGGGGAAACGCGUGAAGCAACGGUGGCCCGGUUGGUGCGGGACAUGCUGACGAAGGUACCACCACCGUACGAUCCGUACGCGGUGAGGGAGCGGCUUCGCAUCAUGGGACAUCAGGAGUCGAUGAACAUCUUUCUGCGGCAGGAGAUCGAUCGGAUCCAGCGGAUUCUGUUGCUGGUUCGCCAAACACUCGACGAUCUGCUGCUGGCCAUCGAUGGUGUGAUCAUCAUGAACGAGCAGCUGCGGGACGCGCUGGACAAUAUCUACGAUGCGCGUGUUCCUACGGUGUGGAAGCGAGGCAGCUGGGCUUCGGCUUCGCUCGGUUUCUGGUUCACGGAGUUGAUCGAACGGAACGCCCAGUUCCACGGCUGGUGCUUCCGGCGACGACCAAACAUGUUCUGGAUGACGGGUUUCUUCAAUCCGCAGGGUUUCCUGACUGCCAUGCGGCAAGAGGUGGCCCGGGCACACAAGGGCUGGGCGCUCGAUAUGAUCACGCUGCACAAUGACGUCACGCAGAUGUUGGCCGAGGACUGUAAGGUGCCACCGGUUGAGGGUGUGUUCGUUUACGGGCUCUAUCUGGAUGGGGCUGGAUGGGAUAAGCGCAAGGUACGGCUACAGGAAGCGACCAACAAGAUCCUCUACUCACCGAUGCCCGUCAUUCACGUGUACGCGAUUAACUCGACUGCGGCGAAGGAUCCGAAGCUGUACGAGUGCCCGGUGUACAAGAAGGCUAACCGGACGGAUUUGAACUACAUUACUCCGCUCUGGCUGCAGACGCUUAAACCACCGGACCAUUGGAUAAUGCGUGGUGUGGCACUACUGUGCGAUAUUAAGUAAU